UCGGCUGUCAGUGUGGUCAGAUGGCGUCUCGACCGCUAGGGCUCCGUGCCGCCCGUCCGUUGUUGGCGGUUAUUGGAAGCGCUUGCGUCUUCAUGGAGUGCGGCCUCUGUGGCCCCUGCUGAAGUUCACGCAAAAACAGCGCAGGAGUCCCCUUCUGCAGUGCGUCGCGACAGCGCCAGCAACGUCAGCUUGGAAACCAGAGAGUGGCGUGGUUACGACGAGUGUCGUCGACGUAAGUCAUGCAGCGGGGCGGCAAGCGUGGUGGCGGCCCAGGGCGAGGCCCAGCCCGGGGCAGAGGACGUGGCCGCGAUGAGCAGCCGGGACAAGAACGACCUCGGCCUGGUGAAGGCCAGGAUGUAUCAUUUAUGCAGUCAAUGCAGCAGCGUGCUGCCCAGGCUGAGCAGCAGCAGCAGGCACAGCCUGCUGCCCAGGCACAGCCUGCUGCCCAGGCACAGCAGCAGCAGCAGCCCCAGGCACAACGUGGCGGUGCCCAACGGCGGGGUGGAAGGAGAGCACCGGCUGCUGCUCAACAAAUGGAACAACCACCAGGUGCUGUGGCAGCUGGGGAGCCCCUUGACAUGGGGGCUAUACAGAAGGCCUUGCCCCCUGUACCCAAGGUGGCGGUAGUUCCAAAGCGAACAGCAUUUCCGCAGCGGCCAGAGCAUGGCCGGUUGGGCAGACCCAUACAACUUGUGGCCAAUCAUUUUGAGAUCGAGCUGCCACACGGCGACGUCUACCAUUAUGACGUUUCAAUUGUCUCGUCUUCAAAGAAGGCAGAGGCCAAGGCACCGGACCAAAAGAAAAUGCGGUGCCUCAGCACUCGUAUAAAUCGUCUAGUCGUUCAGAACCUCGUGGCAAAGUACAGAGGAGAGCUGAAUAGGUGCCUCCCAGCGUUCGAUGGGCGGAAGAACCUUUACACACGAAAGCCACUGCCCUUUAAAGAGCGCACGUUCAAGGUUCCUUUUCAGGAAGGUGACCGGGAGGAGGAGUUCAUAGUCACGGUGCAGUAUGCAGCAACAGUUAAUCUGGAUGCACUGCACGCAGUUUACAACAGGACCGUGCGCACUGUUCCACAGGAAGUGAUACAGGCACUUGACAUAAUAAUGAGGCACGGUCCGUGCAUCACCCUCACGCCCGUGGGGCGUUCCAUCUUCAUGCCGCCAGGACCAAAUGACAACAGUGAACUUGGAGGUGGCCACGAGGUGUGGUUUGGCUACUACACCAGUGUGCGGCCUGCCCAGUGGAAGCCGAUGCUCAACAUUGACCGUUCGGCGACUGCCUUUUAUGAGGCUAUUCCGGUCAUUGAGUUUAUGUGCAAGUUGCUGUCCGAGGGCCCUCCCGGAGCACACUGUCAGAAGCCAGAAGCCUUCAGGAGGCUCACGGCAUCACAGUGCAUAAAGCUUUCUAAAGAACUGAAGGACCUGAAAGUCAGGGUUCUCCACUUGAGCUACCCUCGAAAAUACAAAGUUGCCAAGGUCACUCAACUGCCAGCGCAGGAGCUGUGCUUCAACCUGGAUGAGGGCACGAAAACUAAUGUAGCAGAAUACUUCCGCCAGAAGUAUCCCAAAUACAUGCGCUUCCCGAACUUGCCCUGCAUCCAGGCAGGCACGCCGAACCGCCCAGUCUACCUGCCACUGGAGGCCUGCCACAUUGUGGAAGGUCAGCCGUACCGGAAGAAGCUGAGCGAGUCGAUGACAACUGAGAUGAUCCGGCGCACUGCACAACCGCCCGUACAGCGGUUCAGGUCCAUCAUGAGCUCUGUGCAGGAUGUUGUCAACAAGAGCCGGCCGUAUCUGGAUGAGUUUGGCAUAAAAGUGAGCACGAAUCCAACGCAGCUUAAGGGGCGUGUGCUGGACCCACCAUCCCUCACGUUUGAUGGCCAGCAGACACUGCGGCCUCGUGAUGGUGUGUGGGAUCUGCGUUACAACCGGUUGCUAGCUGCCAAGCCCAUUGACAAGUGGGCACUGCUUGGUGUCAACUGCCGCCUGGACCAAGGGGCUAUCAAUAAUAUGGUGCGCCUGUUCAUGGAUAUUGGUGGUAACCUUGGCAUGGUGGUCAGCAAUCCUCUUUUUACCAGGAGCGAGCAGACUGGCAGGAGAUCCAUUUUGCAAAUUCUAAAGGAGUUCAAGGAUUCCAAUGUCGAACUGGUCAUUGUUGUGCUUGGACGCCAGGCCUCCUAUGCUGACAUCAAGGAGGCGGCUGAAGUGAAGCUCGGCAUUCGCACGCAGUGCAUUAAGGAGCUGAACAUGACACGCAAGUGCAAUCCUGCACUUAUUACCAACCUGUGCUUGAAAAUCAAUGCAAAGCUUGGCGGAACAAACAACGGGCUUCUCAGCCAGGAAAAGCCUGCCAUCUUCAAGGAGCCACUAAUUAUCAUUGGGGCUGAUGUCACCCACCCGGCACCAGGCGAUCGGGUGAAGCCCUCUAUUGCUGCCUGUGUCGGGAGCAUGGACUCCAUCCCGUCACGGUACCAGGCUUCUAUUCGUGUACAGAUCCAGAAGGAAGAAGCAGUUGCCCGGGUGGAAAUCAUUGAGGACUUGAAGGAAAUGAUCAAGGAGCUGCUGAAGGCGUUCUACCAAGAGACUAGACACAAGCCUGUAAGGAUCAUAUUCUACCGGGAUGGAGUCAGUGAAGGCCAAUUUGGCAUUGUACGCGACCAGGAGCUCUCUGCAAUCCGGCAAGCUUGUCUGGAGCUCUCCCCAGAUGGCUCAUACAAGCCUCCCGUAACUUUCAUAGUCGUCCAGAAGCGUCAUCACACUCGCUUCAUGCCAGCAAAUGAACGUGAUGGUGUGGGUCGUGCUAGGAACAUUCCACCAGGGACAACUGUGGACACUGUGGUGACGCACCCUGUGGACUUUGAUUUUUUUCUUUGUAGCCAUGCUGGCAUUCAGGGCACAAGCAAGCCAGCACAUUACUACGUCGUCCACGACGAUGCGAAUUUUACUUCAGACGACUUGCAAAAAUUAAGCUAUUACUUGUGCCACACCUACGCUCGCUGCGCUCGGAGCGUGAGCAUUCCAGCACCCGUCUACUAUGCCCAUCUGGCAGCAUUCCGUGCAAAAGAGCACAUUGCUAGUGCUUGCAACGUCCCAAGCGGGAGCAGCGUUAGCUCGGGUGGUUCAGACCAGGUGUCAACUGAACAGUACGUCAGUGCUGUGAAAGUAACCCAAACAAUGCAGAAGCACAUGUAUUUUGUGUAACUUCUGUGUAUGCAAAGAGCUGCACUUAUGCUGUUUUUAAAGAUCAAUAAAUGAUUUUAAUGUGCUACAA